GGGGUAUCGUGAAGACCUGCCACUGCUGCAGGAAGCGACGCGUUUCUGUCUCCGCAGCUGCCCGAUCGAGUCGGGUCCUCGCGUCCGAGAGGAGACCGGGAACUCCGGGCAAAGACCACGAGGAAGCGGAGGGGUCUUUAUUACUCUCCAUCCCCCGACGUGAAAUAUACAUACCUACAUAUCUAUAUCUAUAUAUAGAUAUAUAGAUAUAGAACAGGCGAAAAUGAAGAAGUUUCGGAAGGUGUUGGACGGCCUGACCACCUCCUCGCCGGGGGGGACUAUGGGGUCCCCAUCGUGCGGCAGCGCGGCGGGGACUCCCACCUCGGCGCCGACCCCCAAGGAAAUCGACGUCCAGGAGACGCUAGUGUCGGAGAACUUUCAGCUGUGCAAGACGGUGCGUCACGGUUUCCCUUACCAGCCCACCGCCUUGGCCUUUGACCCCGUGCAGAAGAUCCUGGCCGUCGGCUCGAGAUCAGGUGGCGUACGGAUACUGGGACGACCAGGGGUGGACUGCUACUGUCAGCAUGAGAGCGGGGCAGCUGUUCUUCAACUGCAGUUCCUCAUCAACGAGGGAGCGUUGGUCACGGCCUGUGCGGACGACACGCUACACUUGUGGAAUCUGCGUCAGAGGCGGCCGGCUGUCCUGCAUUCACUCAAAUUCAACAGAGAGAGGAUCACGUUUUGCCACCUUCCCUUUCAGAGCAAAUGGCUGUACGUCGGCACAGAGCGUGGGAACACACACAUCGUCAACAUAGAGUCCUUCAUUUUGUCCGGAUAUGUCAUCAUGUGGAACAAGGCCAUAGAAAUAUCGACUAAAGCUCAUCCCGGACCUGUGGUUCAUUUGAGCGACAGCCCGAAAGAUGAAGGCAAGCUGCUCAUAGGGUUCGAGAGCGGGACGGUGGUACAGUGGGACCUCCGGGUCAAGAAGGCCGACUUCAGAAUCUACUACGAUGAGGCCAUCCACUCAGUCAGCUGGCAUCACGAAGGGAAGCAGUUCAUGUGCAGUCACUCGGACGGCAGCCUGACGCUGUGGCAACUCAGAAACACCACCAAGCCGUUCCAGGUCACCUUCCCUCAUGGUAAGAUACAGAAGGACGGGAGGAAGGAGUCGUGUAAACCCAUACUCAAAGUGGAGUACAAGACCUCAAGGAGCAGCGAGCCCUUCGUCGUCUUCUCCGGGGGACUUUCGUAUGACAAGGCAGGACGGAGACCGACGCUAACCAUCAUGCACGGCAAAGCCAUCACCGUGCUCGAGAUGGACUAUCCCAUCGUGGAGUUCAUGGUGCUCUGCGAGACUCCCUACAACAACGAGGUCCAGGAGCCUUAUGCAGUGGUGGUGCUUCUGGAGAAGGACUUGAUUGUGGUGGAUCUGACACAGAGCAACUUCCCCGUCUUCGAGAACCCUUACCCCAUGGACAUCCACGAGUCCCCCGUUACCUGCACGGCCUACUUUGCAGAAUGCCCACCCGACAUUAUCCCCAUCCUUUACUCCAUAGGAGCCAAACACAAGAAGACUGGCUACAGCCAAAAGGAGUGGCCAGUCAGUGGAGGAACGUGGACUUUAGGCUCCCACACCUACCCAGAGGUCAUCAUCACAGGACACGCCGACGGAUCAAUUAAGUUUUGGGAUGCAUCUGCAAUCACACUGCAGAUGCUGUACAAGCUGAAGACCUCCAAAGUGUUUGAGAAACCAAAGCCUGGUGAGGGCCGAGCCGCCGAUCUGGUGGAGGAAGACCCCUUCGCAGUGCAGAUGGUCAGCUGGUGCCCUCAGAGUCGCAUCUUCUGUGUGGUUGGCAUCUCGGCUCACAUCAUCCUGUAUCGAUUCAGCAAAUACGAUGCCAACACUCAGAUAGUGUCGCUUGACGUGCGCCUGCAGUGUGAGUCUGACGAUGUCAUAACUCCGUCGGAGAACGACAACAAUCCCUGCUCCCCAGAGCCCGGCUCCCACUCGCCGCAACACCACCACCAAUACCCAGCCAGCCCCGGCAGCGGAACACCGGAGGGUCUCAAAGACAGCAUCCCCUGCCUCAAGGUGAAGGACCGGGCGGUCCGGGUGCCCCCCGGCUACCAGGCUGAGCUGGUCAUCCAGCUGCUGUGGGUGGACGGAGAACCUCCACAACAGAUCACCACCCUGGACAUCAACUCCGCCUAUGGCCUUUUGGCGUUUGGGAACUGCAAUGGCCUCGCCGUGGUGGACUACUUGCAGAAAACCAUCCUGUUGUGUAUGUCAACACUGGAUCUGUACGGAGCCGCCGACCCCUACCAGCGCCUUACCCGCUCCCCCCGCAGGAACAGACAGUCCACCUCAGACUUUUGCAUGCGUGGCCUGUCUAACUUUUAUUCAGAUUCAAAGAAAAGGAUCCGUACAUCCUAUCAGAGCCUUACUGAACUCUCUGACAACCAGCAGUCCAUCGACAUGGAGAGGAGCAAGUCACCCACUUCAGUUCAUUACCCAACCUCCCUUCACAAUGACCCGCGCGUCCUGCCAGAGCCCGUGGCC